ACCUGAAAAACCAGCUACCGCUUUCAGUCCAGAGAGCUCUGAUAUGGCACGUCGUCUCAACCUCUCUGCCAAGUGCUGAAACCAUCCAAUGCGUUCAACUUCUUCACUUUUCAAUCACACCUGAAGUGAACGUUCACUCAUUCUACCUUUUCAAACUCCUUUCAGACAGGCUUUCCAUUUUGUUUUUGUGUCCCAGCUCUGUUAGCAGGCGUGUGUGCGAGGGAAAGUGAAUGUGGACUAUGCUCACUUCAGUCGAUUAAAGAAGGGGGAGUGGAGGGAUUGAUUCUGCGGAGAGAGAAACCCCACGACAGGGAACUGAUCGUACAGGACAAAUCUAAAGAUGCAAAGGGCGGCCACAACAUCCGUGACCCAAUCCACAAUAACACAGAACACCACAGCCACCACCAAGUCUAGAGAACAAAUCCUCAUGCAAAGUUCAGGAGCCAUGAUAGCGAUAAUCGUCAUUGGUAUAAUCAUCAUUCUCACGUUUUUGCUUAUAGUCCUCAAGACGUACAACAGGAGGACGCAUGCGAAAAGGAUGAUGGCAGGAAGCUCCAGCAAACCACGGAAGAAAGUGUCCACAACUACCACAAAUACAAACAUGGCCAUGAGCAACGUGGGUGCGAACUCAGUCUCUGGAAGCUUUGCGCAGUCUAACGCGUCCUCAGAAAACGGGUUCCGCAUUCCACGGGUCGAACUGGGAAAUGUGGAGCAGAGUAAUGGGGAGCAUUUCAGCACCAACAGUGGCUCAACUAUUGUGACUAUACACGACAUGCCAUCGAUUGAUAACACAUAGCAGAAUGUGCAAAGAUACUAACAAACCAACAUGAACAAAGGACCUAUGGAAGAGGCCCGGGGUCAAAUCUGAGCACACCAUUAACUGUAUAUUCACUGCCCGUUUAGGAUAUGAUUGAACUUUGAGGACUUUAAAGAUUGAAAAGUCCACUUUAAGAGUCUGGGUAUGAUAAUGAAGAACUUGAAGAACAGUAACUACAGACAAGUGUCUUAGCAUUUGAUGGGAUCAUAGGUUUAUUUUUAGGACCCAAUUUGGAGAUGAAAUGUAGGUUAAAACAAUGUAGGUUUCUGCCUUGAUCGAAAAACGUUUUUUUGUUAAAAAUUAAAUUGGUGGAAGCCAGAAUCAGUUUGAGAUGUUAAGGAUUCUACAUUAAUGUAAUAAGUGUAUUAUUACCAGGAUAUUUGCACUCUUAAUAGAAACGGAUUUAAUAUAAGAUUGUUCAAAUACACUGUUUAAAAUACGCUGAAUAUUCAAACUUUACAUUUAUGUACCUUGCAGAGGCUGAUUCAAAGCAGCUUAGAUUGCAUUCAAGGUAUUUUGUUCAUGCAAUUCCUAGAACUCGACAGUGCAAGUGGCAUUUUAGGGCUCAAGACUAGAACGCCAUUGGUGAGAUGGGAAAACAGUGAUCUUCAGAUGUUAUCUUGUAUGUUGUUGGUGGUAAUUAGGCAACAUCUUUAGACAUGACAGUGUUUCCUGCAUUAAACAACUGCGAUGCUUGAUUUAUCAUCAAUUUGUUGGCUUAUCCUUGUUCUUUUCGAGUCAGUUGAAAAGUUUUGAACAUGUUUGUUGUUCGAAUUAGACUCAUCUGUGAAUCAUCUAUUCAUUAUUGAGUUUGCAGCUGAUUACAUCCCUGAAUAAUGAAUAAUGACAAAUUUGAAAUGAAUCGGCAACUACUGUUUGUUUUUAAAGCUACAUAUACAUAUAUACAGUUUUGUCCUAAUAAAAAAAUGAAAAGAUAUUCAAGUAAUAAAUUGUAAGUGAAAAAGAUUGACGAUGACAUUUUAUAUGGCACAUAUAGAAUCAGAAUCACUACAAUGACGGUAUCAAAAGGGAAAUAAACAAUUUUUAUCGGUUCUGUACUUUGCCAGUAAAAAGUAAUCUGAUUUCCAAAUAUGAGUGACAAUCUCUAUGAUUGCAUUUUUCUUUAGUUUGGAGCCCUGUAUUAUAAAUGCUGAAAACUUCAGAUCCAGAUAUUUCCAGAAGUAACCUCAAGAAAAUUUAUUCACAAUCUGCAACAAAACUAAAGUAUUGCAUAAGAAUAAAAGAAAAACAAAGAAGAAAAAUACAGCAGUGCUUGAUUAUAUAAACAUGUAGAAACUUUUUUUUCCUCUGUGAGCAUGGUUAUACCAAGCUCUCUGGCUAAUGUUCUAGUGCAACAUCUUGACAAAAACACUCAGGCACAAGAUAAACUUUUUCUCAAGGAGAUCAACUCACAUUUUGCAUGAGAAGAGAGAUUUACAGCUAUAAAGAAAAGAUGCAAGAACACAUAUUUUAAGUACUGCUCCAAGGCAACCAUAUCAAGAAGAUCAGUCCUUUCAACACAAGUGUCUUCAUUACAACUAUGAUAGUGUCUUGAGUUAUUGUUUAAUAUCAAGUGCAAAAUUAAAUUCAAAGUAAUGGAUACUGGAAGUAAAUGAUUGUUAAAAGCCUUUCUGACAUACAUUAUACUGAUUGUGGAUCUGUCUGGGUCUACAGUGACCAUCUAUUGCUGAAGAAUA